AUAGCCGCAUCCGGUGUUGAACCUCUGCUCCCUCCCCCCUUCCGUCCACAUUUUCUCCUGUUCACACCCUGCCCAUCUUCUAGACGCGAACUCUCUCUCUCUCUCUCUCUCAUUUAAAAAAAAAAUUUCAAAGCACGUUGAACGAGUUGAAGAUUUCAGACUCGUUUGUUGCAGAGUAAAUGGCGUUGGUCACUACCAGAGGAAGAACAACAGACCUCCAAAUGUCCAAGAAAUGGAAAGAGAGAGAAACAAGUCCCGAACGGAACAAAGUCUGGAUUGAACCUCCAAAUAAGGUUAAGGCCGAGACAAAAGUCCCUGUUGUUUACUACCUCUCGAGAAACGGCCAUCUCGAUCACCCUCACUUCAUCGAAGUCCCCCUCUCCUCCUCCCAAGGUCUCUUUCUCAGAGAUGUCAUCAAUCGCUUGAACUCGCUCCGUGGACAAGGCAUGGCUACCAUGUAUUCCUGGUCUUGUAAACGGAGCUACAAGAAUGGAUUCGUAUGGCAUGAUCUUUCCGAAAACGAUUUCAUCUACCCAGCACAUGGUCAAGAGUAUGUUCUCAAAGGAUCGGAGCUUCUUGAAGGUAAUUUGAUCUCCAAAUCUGAUGAAACAGUGUCUUCGGGCUCAAAAAACUCUUUCCUGGAGAGUCGAAAAUCCGAAGAAAUUUCCGAUUCUCCAUUGGUCAGGCAUAGGAGGAACCAGUCAUUGAGCGCGAUCGAUGUUCACGAGUACAAAGUCUACAAGGCCGAUUCCACAGGCGAGUACGCCGGAAGGGCCGCCGCCGACGCGUCGACACAGACCGACGACAGACGACGCCGGCGAAGAGCCAUCAGAGACGAAGCACCUGAGAAGGACAAGAAAAGCGAAGAAACGUGUCAGAACCAGAGCACAGAGCUAAGCAGAGACGAGAUCACUCCACCGCCGUCCGAUUCGAGUCCCGAAUCCCUAGAAACGUUGAUGAAAUCCGAGGGCAGGCUCACACUGUGCGCGUCCGGAGAAGUCGACGACGAUCGGACGGUGAGUAGCCAUCCAAGUGGACGGAUGAAGGCGUCUUCAGUUCUGAUGCAGUUGCUUUCCUGCGGUUCGGUCUCGUUCAGGGAUUGUGGGCCCGGGUAUGGAAAGGAUCAAGGGUUUUCGUUGAUCUCGUACUACAAGACGAGGGUGCCACGUGGUGCCGGGUCGAAUCGGGUCGGGAAGGAGGCCGAAGAAGCUUUGGGGGAAAAGGAAAACCCUAGAAAGGUUAUGGUGGAGGACAAAGAGUAUUUCAGUGGGAGCUUGAUAGAGACAAAGAAGGACGAAUUUCCAGCUCUGAAGAGAUCCUCCUCUUAUAACGCAGAGCGGUGCUCGAAAUUGGACCUUAUCGAGGAGAUAGACGGAGUAAAGGCAAGGUGCAUACCGAGGAAGCCGAAGACGCGGUCCAAAAAGGAAGGCAACAAUGACAUCUCCUGUAAUGCUGCUGAUAGUCAACAGGUAGCAAAAGAGUAGUGGUCCAACUUUAAGCCUAGAAGAACAAUAGAAGAAAAAUAGUAGUAUCAUUUUUCUGUGUCCCAAAGUCGUAAUGUGUAAUUGUAAUUGCAGUGUAGGAGAGAUCAAAAUGCAAAAGAAAACAAAAAAUUGUAAUGAAAUAGAUGGUAUUAGUAAUGUAGGCUAAAUUUGUGCAGUUAAUUACUUGCAGUUCAUGACACAGUGGCACCUACGUUCAAAGAAAAAAUGAAAGGGGCAUUUUUGUUCAUUUUUGAGUUUGUGAACUAUAUUUUCUCUC